GUGCUGCCUGAAGGCAUGAUGCACCUGCCGGACCGGGCGUUCCGCAACCGCGCCUCUCUCGUCUCGGUCGCCUUCCCGCGCAGCCUUGCCUCCAUCGGCAGCAACGCCUUCGAAGGCUGCUCCUCGCUCUCCUCCAUCGACCUCCCUGCCGGCCUCACCGCCAUCAACAACCACGCCUUCCGCCGCUGCUCCGCCCUC